AAAAGGACCCAUCUUCGCUGUGGAGGAUGGAUUCAGGAAAUUUCAAUAAUCAUCAAUCCACUGCUCAGAAAGGGUUCAAUCCAAACUCUUUUACUCAAAUAUAUUCCUUUGCAUUCAAAGGUUCAUACAUUUUAUCAUCAUCAACUCUCUUCCUUCCUUCCCAGUUUCGGCCCCGGCAAAUUUCCAUCUACCCGAAAGCGGCCCCCUCGCCUGGCAGGAACUUGUUGUGGUUCACGAUAGCUGCUAGCUGAAGUCACUCCUGACGUUGUGGCGUUUGCUGUGAACUCCACGUCUUCCUUACCCCACAAUAUAAACAGGCUACCCCACCAUUGGGAUACACCCGCACAAUCGUUGUUCUUUCCCACGAUUUUCUACCCUCAAGUCCUUUCUCAUCGACUGAGAUUAUUAUUUUGAUCCUCUCAACAUUAUUUCUCCAGUCAUCAUGGGAAAGAAAGCAGUACAUUUUGGCGCCGGAAACAUUGGGCGCGGCUUUGUUGCCGAGUUCCUCCACAAAUCGGGCUAUGAAGUCGUCUUUGCAGACGUCAUGGAGUCCAUUAUUGGUGCCCUGCAGCGUCAAUCAUCAUACAAGGUGGUUGAAGUUGGCGCCGACGGGGAGCACGAAUAUACCAUCUCAAAUUAUCGCGCCAUCAACUCCAAGGAGAAUGAGGCCCAAGUUGUCGAGGAGAUUGCCAGCGCAGACCUGGUAACGUGCGCAGUCGGCCCAAACAUUCUCAAGUUCAUUGCUCCUGUCAUUGCCAAGGGCAUUGAGGCGCGAACUUCCGGCGCGCCGCUCGCAGUCAUCGCUUGCGAAAAUGCCAUUGGUGCGACCGACACGCUUGCUGGAUUCAUCAAGGAUGAGAAGAACACGCCCAAGGACCGUCUCGCCACCAUCGAUCAACGAGCCACUUUUGCCAACUCGGCCAUUGACCGAAUCGUUCCAGCUCAAGACAAUCAAUCAUUGGACGUCAAGAUUGAGCAAUUCUACGACUGGGUCAUCGAGGUCACCCCUUUCAAGGGUGGCCAGCACCCUCCCAUCCAAGGCGUCAAGUUUGUCGAGACCUUGGAUCCCUAUAUUGAGCGGAAGUUGUUCACGGUGAACACUGGUCAUGCUACUGCCGCAUAUUUUGGCUAUGUUCGGGGUCACCACACUGUCAAUGAAGCUCUUGAUGACCCUGAGAUUAAGCAGAUGGUCAAGCGUGUCCUGGCGGAAACCAGCAGGCUCAUUGUUGCCAAGCAUGAAUUCUCCGAGCAAGAGCAAGGCGAAUACGCACGCAAGAUUAUCAAACGCAUUUCGAACCCCCAUCUAGAAGACCUCGUGGAACGCGUUGGUCGCGAGCCGAUGCGAAAGCUAAGCCGCAAGGAACGUUUCAUCAACCCUGCCUCGCAACUCGUUGAGCGCGGCGAGAGAGUGGAUGCUCUGCUUGGUGCUAUCGAGGCGACAUUACUAUUCCAGAAUGUCGAGGGCGACAAGGAAAGCGCCGAGCUGGCCAAGAUUUUGAAGCAAUUCUCAGCCAAGGACGCUACCGCUCGGAUCACCGGUCUUGAGACGGAUCAUCCCCUAUUUGGAUUGGUGGAAAAGGUUGUGUUGAAGGUCCAAGAAGGUUCGUCAUCACGAUUGACUCCACCUCUUCAUUCAUCUGCUGAGGCUAACUUUUACCAAAGAACGAUCAGCAACGCCCUCGAGAGUGUCCACUCCAAAGACCGAAGCAAGAUUAUGAAUUACGUUCCCAGAUUUGAACGAGUCCUUUGACGGGAUACUCUUUUCCUGUACAAUAAAGUCAUCGCUGGCGCUGAUAUAUACGCUUUUGCGCUUUCCUUUCCUUUCUUAACUUUCUCUGUUUAUUCUUAUUUUAUAUUUUUAUUUUCAGGCUUUGGCGCGCGGGCAUCACUGGUGUUGGUGCGAACCCAAAGCGCAAGUCGCUGAUACUUUUCGAUGAAACUUUACGAUGGUCUACGGCUGGGAAUGAUCUGGGGAACAAAUUGGCAGAUCAACGUGUUUAUCAAAUUGAACAUUUUUCUUUACUCUCUC